GCGGGGCCAGGACGGCGGGACCGGCAGCUGGGCCCCAGCGAGGGCCGAGCUGGGCGGUGGGAGGAGGUCAAGAUGGUGGGGGAACGGCGCACUGGGGACCUCAUGGUGCCCCUGGGGCCCCGGCUGCAGGCAUAUCCUGAAGAACUUAUUCGACAGCGGCCUGGGCACGAUGGACGUCCUGAAUACCUGAUCCGAUGGAGUGUCCUGAAGUGUGGGGAAGUGGGCAGAGUGGGUGUGGAAGAGGGCAAGGCAGAACACAUCCUUAUGUGGCUGUCAGCCCCUGAGGUCUACGCCAACUGCCCCAUGCUGUUAGGUGAGCCGGCAGUAUCUAAGGGACCUCAGCAUGAACCAACUGGGGGUUCAGGAAGCUUUCCUCGAGAUCCAGGAGGCUUGGAUGACGUAGCAAUGGGAGAGAUGGAGGCUGAUGUGCGGGCACUGGUGCGCAGGGCUGCCAGGCAGCUGGCAGAAGGCGGGACCUCGAGCCUCACAGCCACUGUGCUCCACACCAUCCACGUACUCAGUGCCUAUGCCAGCAUCAGGCCCCUCACUGGGGUCUUCAGGGAGACGGGAGCUCUGGACCUGCUCAUGCACAUGUUGUGCAACCCUGAACCUCAGAUCCGUCGGAGUGCGGGCAAGAUGCUGCAGGCUCUGGCUGCCCACGAUGCUGGGAGUCGGGCUCACGUCCUUCUGUCACUGAGCCAGCAAGAUGGCAUCGAGCAGCACAUGGAUUUCGACAGCCGCUAUACUUUGCUGGAGCUGUUUGCAGAGACUACGUCCUCUGAAGAACACUGCAUGGCCUUUGAGGGCAUUCAUCUGCCUCAGAUCCCGGGAAAGCUGCUCUUCUCCCUGGUGAAGCGCUACCUAUGUGUCACUUCCCUGCUGGAUAAGCUGAAUAACAGUCCAGAGCCAGGGACUGGAGACCGAGGCUCCCCGUCCCCAAGAGAGUUCAGCCAGGAGAAGAGCCGUGGGCAGCGGGAACUGGAGUUCAGUAUGGCUGUGGGCAACCUCAUCUCAGAGCUGGUGCGGAGCAUGGGCUGGACCCGCAACCUCAGCCAACAGGGCACAUCGCCGCCCCGGCCAACCCGGUCCAUCUUUCAGCCCUGCAUUUCAGGCCCCAGCCUUUUGCUCCCCACCAUCGUUGCCACUCCCAGAAGGCAAGGGCGGGCCUUCCGCCAGCGCUCUGAAUUCUCUAGCCGUAGUGGCUACGGCGAGUAUGUGCAGCAGACCCUGCGGCCAGGGAUGCGAGUGCGGAUGCUGGAUGAUUACGAGGAGAUCAGUGCUGGGGACGAGGGCGAGUUCCGUCAGAGCAACAAUGGCGUGCCCCCUGUGCAGGUCUUCUGGCAGUCGACAGGCCGCACCUACUGGGUGCACUGGCACAUGCUGGAGAUCCUGGGCCCUGAGGAAGCUGCUGAGGAUAGGGCUUCAGCAGCUGUGGAGAAGGGGGCAGGGGCUACUAUGUUGGGCACAGCUCUUCCCUCCUGGGACUGGAAGCCGGUGGAUGGGCUCUACUCUUUGCCAUACCUCCAGCCCGAGCCUCAGAAGAAGGAAGAAUUGGGAUACCUGACUCAGGCUGAGUGGUGGGAGCUGCUCUUCUUCAUCAAGAAGUUAGAUGUAUGUGAGCAGCAGUCAAUUUUUCAGAAUCUUCGGGAGAACCUAGAUGAGAGUCUGAGUGAAAAGGCCCUAGGUGAAACCUCUGUGCCCAUAGAGAUGGCUGAGGGUCUGCUGCAGGUUCUCAGUAAUCGGUUUGAGGGCAGCACCCUCAGUGACCUGCUCAACUCCCAAAUCUACACCAAGUAUGGGCUGCUACCUGAUGAACCCAGCAGCUCAUCUUCUUCACGAAGUCACUCCUGUACCCCAGAUGCAGAAGAGGAGUCCAAGUCAGAGGUCACCUUCUCAGGGGAAGAGGCUGAGUCCCUCAAAGCAAAGGCUGAGCCCCCUAAGGCAGAGGCAGAGUCUGCCAAGGGAAAAACUGAGCCUCCCAUGGCACAGAGUGAUUCACAGCUGUUUAACCAGCUUCUAGUGACUGAGGGGAUGGCUCUGUCUCCUGAGAUGAAGGAGGCAGCCCGUGAAAUGGCCAGAGCCUUGAGGGGUCCUGGUCCACGCAGCUCCCUGGAUCAGCACGUGGUGGCGGUUGUGGCCACUGUGCAGAUAUCCAGCUUGGACACAAACCUGCAGCUUUCAGGGCUCUAUGCCCUCUCUCAGGCUGUGGAGGAGGUCACGGAGCGGGACCACCCCCUGGUCCAUCCUGACAGAUCCCUGAGAGAGAAGAUGGUGAAGACGCUGGUGGAGCUGCUGACCAGCCAGGUGGGAGAGAAGAUGGUGGUAGUGCUGGCCCUGCGCCUCCUCUACCUGCUCGUGACCAAGCAUGAGUGGCGCCCACUCUUUGCCAGGGAGGGUGGCAUCUACGCUGUACUGGUUUGCAUGCAAGAACAUAAGACUUCCGUCCUGGUGCAGCAGGCAGGCCUGGCGGCACUGAAGAUGAUGGCCAUUGCCAGCUCCUCGGAGAUCCCUACUUUUGUCACUGGCCGAGAAUCUAUCCACCCUUUGUUUGAUGCCCAGAUGACCAGAGAGAUCUUUGCCAGCAUCGACUCAGCCACCCGCCCGGGCUCUGAGAGUCUGCUCCUUACUCUCCCUGCAGCUGUGAUCCUGAUGCUGAACACUGAGGGGUGCUCCUCCGCAGUGAGAAAUGGCCUGCUCCUGCUCAACCUGCUUUUGUGCAACCACCACACUCUGGGAGACCAUAUUAUAACCCGAGAGCUGAGAGACACGUUGUUUAGGCACUCAGGGAUAGCACCGGGGACAGAACCCAUGCCCACCACACACACCAUCCUCAUGAUGCUUCUCAAUCGCUACUCAGAGCCACCGGGCAGUCCUGAGCACACAGCAACACUGGAGACCCCCAGUGUCCAGGGCCUGGAUGGGUCCCCUGAGCUGCUGAUCCGAUCCCUGGUGGGGGGCCCAUCUGCGGAACUCCUCCUGGACUUGGAGCGCGUGCUGUGCCGUGAGAGCGGCCCUGGGGGCGCUGUGAGGCCCCUCCUCAAGCGCCUCCAGCAGGAGACCCAGCCCUUCCUCCUGUUGCUGCGGACUCUAGAUGCCCCAGGGCCCAACAAAACUCUGCUGCUGACUGCGCUGAGAGUCAUGACCCGCCUGCUGGAUCACUCUGAGGCAAUGGUCCUCCCCUGGCACGAGGUCUUGGAGCCCUGCCUCAACUGCCUGAGUGGCCCCAGCAGUGACUCUGAGAUUGUUCAGGAGCUGCUCUGCUUCCUGCAUCGCCUGGCCUCAAUGCAUAAGGACUAUGCAGUGGUUCUCUGCUGCCUGGGAGCCAAAGAGGCCCUCUCCAAAGUCCUGGACAAGCACUCAGCUCAGCUGGUGCUGGCCUGCGAGCUUCGGGACCUGGUGACAGAGUGUGAAAAACAUGCCCAGCUCUAUAGCAACCUCACCUCCAGCAUCCUGGCUGGCUGCAUUCAGAUGGUGCUGGGCCAGAUCGAAGACCACAGACGAACCCACCGACCCAUCAACAUCCCCUUCUUUGACGUGUUCCUCAGGCAUCUCUGCCAGGGCUCCAGUGUGGAAGUGAAGGAGGAGAAGUGCUGGGAGAAGGUGGAGGUGUCCUCCAACCCGCACCGGGCCAGCAAGCUGACGGACCGCAACCCCAAGACCUACUGGGAGUCCAAUGGCAGCACCGGCUCCCACUACAUCACCUUGCACAUGCAUCGCGGUGUUCUUAUUAGGCAGCUGACUCUGCUGGUGGCCAGUGAGGACUCAAGUUACAUGCCAGCCAGGGUGGUGGUGUUUGGAGGUGACAACACCAGCUGCAUCAGCACGGAGCUCAACACGGUGAAUGUGAUGCCCUCUGCCAGCCGUGUGAUCCUCCUGGAGAACCUGAACCGCUUCUGGCCCAUCAUCCAGAUCCGCAUAAAGCGCUGUCAGCAGGGCGGCAUUGACACCCGAGUUCGAGGUGUGGAGGUCCUAGGCCCCAAGGCCACUUUCUGGCCACUAUUCCGGGAACAGCUAUGUCGCCGUACAUGUCUCUUCUACACAAUUCGGGCACAAGCCUGGAGCCAGGACAUAGCAGAGGACCGCAAGCGUCUCCUCCAGCUCUGUCCCAGACUGAACAGGGUUUUGCGCCAUGAGCAGAAUUUUGCUGAUCGCUUCCUCCCUGACGAUGAGGCCGCCCAAGCACUGGGCAAGACCUGCUGGGAGGCCCUGGUCAGCCCCCUGGUGCAGAACAUCACCUCCCCCGAUGCGGAAGGUGUGAGCUCCCUGGGAUGGCUGCUGGAUCAGUACUUAGAGCACAGGGAGAGCUCUCGGAACCCCCUGAGUCGAGCAGCGUCCUUUGCCUCUCGAGUUCGUCGCCUUUGCCACUUGCUGGUGCAUGUGGAGCCUCCCCCGGGGCCUUCUCCUGAGCCAUCCACUCGGCCCUUCAGCAAGAACAGUAAGGGUCGGGAUCGGAGCCCCGUGCCUUCACCAGUUCUUCCAAGCAGCAGCCUGAGGAACAUAACCCAGUGCUGGCUGAGUGUGGUGCAGGAGCAGGUCAGCAGGUUCUUGGCUGCAGCCUGGAGGGCCCCAGACUUUGUGCCUCGUUACUGUGAACUCUAUGAGCACUUGCAGAGAGCAGGCUCAGAGCUCUUCGGGCCUCGGGCAGCCUUCACGCUGGCUCUGCGCAGUGGCUUCUCAGGCGCGUUGCUGCAGCAGUCCUUCCUCACCGCUGCUCACAUGAGUGAACAGUUUGCCAGGCACAUUGACCAACAGAUCCAGGGUGGCCUGAUGGGUGGAGCCCCUGGAGUGGAAGUGCUGGGGCGGCUUCAGCGGCACCUGGAGCCCAUCAUGGUUCUUUCUGGCCUUGAGCUGGCCACUACCUUUGAGCACUUCUACCAGCACUACAUGGCAGACCGUCUCCUGAGCUUGGGCUCACGCUGGCUGGAGGGGGCCGUGCUGGAGCAGAUCGGCCUCUGCUUCCCCAACCGCCUCCCCCAGCAGAUGUUGCGGAGUCUGAGCACCUCCGAGGAGCUGCAGCGCCAGUUCCACCUCUUCCAGCUCCAGUGGUUCGACAAGCUGCUCUUGGACAAGGAGGAUGAUGAGGAACAGGGCCUGGAAGAAGACGAGGACGAAGAGGAGGCUGAGAAAGAACUAUUUAUCGAAGAUCCAAGUCCAGCAGUUUCUGUACUGGUCCUGUCACCACGUUGCUGGCCAGUCUCCCCGCUCUGCUACAUGUACCAUCCCAGAAAGUGCCUUCCCACAGAAUUGUGUGAUGCCCUUGACUGCUUCUCCAAUUUCUACAGCCAGAGUCAGAACCAUCCAGUCCUGGACAUGGGACCACAUCGACGACUGAAGUGGACGUGGCUGGGCCGGGCUGAACUGCAUUUUGGGGACCAGACCCUGCAUGUGUCCACCGUGCAGAUGUGGCUGCUGUUGAAUUUCAAUCAGAUGGAGGAGGUGUCAGUAGAGACCUUGCUGAAGAGUUCUGACCUCACCCCAGAGCUGCUGCUUCAGGCCCUUCUGCCCCUCACCUCUGAAAAUGGCCCUUUGACCCUGCAUGAGGGUCCGGACUUUCCACACAGGGGUGUGCUGCGGCUUCGUGAGCCUCGGCUCCAACCCCGUGGGGAGGCCCUGUGGCUGAUACCUCCCCAGACGUACCUGAAUGUAGAGAAGGAUGAGGGCCGAACCCUGGAACAGAAGAGAAACCUCUUGAGCUGUCUUCUUGUCCGUAUUCUCAAAGCCCAUGGAGAAAAGGGCCUCCACAUUGAUCAGCUGGUUUGUCUGGUGCUGGAGGCUUGGCAGAAGGGUCCAAAUCCCCCUGGAAGCCUGGGCUGUGCUGUUGCUGGGGGCGUGCCCUGUACCAGUACAGAUGUCCUCUCUUGUAUCCUGCAUCUGCUGGGCCAGGGCUACGUGGAACGGCGUGAUGACCGGCCCCAGAUCCUGAUGUAUGCCACUCCAGAGCCCAUGGGGCCCUGCCGGGGUCAGGCAGAGGUCCCCUUCUGUGGCACCCAGACCACCAAGACCUCCAAGCCUAGCCCAGAAGCCGUGGCUGCCCUGGCAUCUCUACAGCUGCCUGCAGGCCGCACCAUGAGCCCCCAGGAGGUAGAAGGGUUGAUGGAGCAGACAGUGCGGCAGGUGCAGGAGACGCUGAACCUAGAGCCAGAUGUGGCUCAGCACCUUUUGGCUCAUUCCCACUGGGGUGCCGAACAGCUGCUGCAGAGCUACAGUGAUAACCCAGAGCCACUGCUGCUGGCGGCUGGGCUGUGUGUACCCCAGGCCCAAGCUGCCCCCACACGCCCAGACCACUGCCCUGUCUGUGUCAGCACGCUGGAGCCCGACGACGACUUGCCGUCCCUCUGCUGCAUGCACUACUGCUGUAAGUCUUGCUGGAAUGAGUAUCUGACAACUCGAAUUGAGCAGAACCUCGUGCUGAACUGCACCUGCCCCAUUGCCGACUGCCCUGCCCAGCCUACCGGAGCCUUCAUUCGUGCCAUCGUCUCCUCGCCAGAGGUCAUCUCCAAGUACGAGAAGGCCCUCCUACGUGGCUAUGUGGAGAGCUGCUCCAACCUGACCUGGUGCACCAACCCCCAGGGCUGUGACCGCAUCCUGUGCCGCCAGGGCCUGGGCUGUGGGACCACCUGUUCCAAGUGUGGCUGGGCCUCCUGCUUCAACUGUAGCUUCCCUGAGGCACACUACCCUGCCAGCUGUGGCCACAUGUCUCAGUGGGUCGAUGAUGGCGGCUACUACGACGGCAUGAGCGUGGAGGCCCAGAGCAAGCACCUGGCCAAGCUCAUCUCCAAGCGCUGUCCCAGCUGUCAGGCUCCCAUCGAGAAGAACGAGGGGUGUCUACACAUGACCUGUGCCAAAUGUAACCAUGGCUUCUGCUGGCGCUGCCUCAAGUCCUGGAAGCCCAAUCACAAGGACUAUUACAACUGCUCUGCCAUGGUAAGCAAAGCAGCCCGCCAGGAGAAGCGGUUUCAGGACUAUAACGAGAGGUGUACCUUCCACCACCAGGCCCGGGUGUUUGCUGUGAACUUGCGGAACCGUGUGUCUGCCAUCCAUGAGGUGCCCCCACCCAAAUCCUUCACCUUCCUCAGCGAUGCCUGCCGAGGACUGGAGCAGGCUCGAAAGGUGCUGGCCUAUGCCUGCGUGUACAGCUUCUACAACCAGGACACGGAGCACAUGGACGUGGUGGAGCAGCAGACCGAGAACCUGGAGCUGCACACCAAUGCCCUGCAGAUCCUCCUCGAGGAGACCCUGCUGCGGUGCAGAGACCUGGCCUCGUCCCUGCGCCUCCUUCGGGCAGACUGCCUCAACACAGGCCUGGAGCUGCUGCGGCGGAUCCAGGAGAGGCUGCUCGCUAUCCUGCAGCAUUCCGCCCAGGAUUUCCGGGUUGGUCUCCAGAGUCCAUCAUCAGAGGCCUGGGAGGCGAAAGGAUCCAACACGCCUGGCCAUCAGCCCCAGGGCUCCUCGGGGCUGGAGGUGGAGGAGGAGGAAGAGGAGGAGGACGAUGAGGAGGAUGUCCCUGAGUGGCAGCAGGAUGAGUUUGAUGAGGAGCUGGACAAUGACAGCUUUUCCUAUGAUGAGGAGUCUGAGAACCUGGACCGGGAGACUUUCUUCUUUGGUGAUGAGGAGGAUGAUGAUGAUGCCUAUGACUGAGGGGGCAGGACGCAGGGAACACCUGGGGCCACCCCGGAGUCAUGGGCCUCGGGGGUGGGGAGUUCACCCCUUCCCACCAUCGUGGGGGGAGGCGAUUCCCAGCACCUGCAGCUCCUUCUUCUGUUUACUGAAUAAACGUCUUUUUUUUCACACA